CUCUCCAGUAAAUGUAAACAACUUGUUAUAAACGCGCAGUAGUGCGUUUUUUUCUUAUUUCGGGAGUUGUAGUGCGUAGUUUUUAAUAAAAACAGUAAAAAAUUACUCCUAGAAGUGCAUUGUGGAUAUUGACAACAGAACAACGUAGUAGCAGGCUUAAAUUAUGUUUAAAACUGUCGUUAAUCGUCUAAGUUCCCGCUCGGUAACCCAAUACAACUCGGCAAAAUCAAAUCUAUCCACAAAUUCAGCGCCUAAACCAGUGGUUGCAAGUUUUACGCUCGCCGUCAAAGAAGCUGAAAAAGUCGUUGGAUAUCCAACAUCGUUCCUGAACCUCCGCUGGCUACUAAAUGAUGAAAUAGCCAAUGUUGCUACACAUAUUAAAAAGUUGGUGCAUGUUGAGCACCCGUUGAUUGAAGCAGCGAAAGGUUUCCUCUUCAAAAAUGACAUUCCUACUUGGGGGCUGAUUGUUUUACUAGUUGCAAAGUGUGGAGGCUUGAAUAACACGCAAAAUGUGAUAGAUAUUGACCGCACCGCAGGAAUUUUGCAUAGUCAACGAAUUCUCGCGGAUGUAGCCGAAAUGAUCCGAACCAGUAUCCUCGUACAUCGCGGUCUUCUCAACCCCAACGACGCAUUGAGCGAACACCACGAUUUAUACUUCGGAAAUAAACUCGCGCUUUUAUGCGGCGAUUACAUCCUGAGUAAAUGCUUCAAUGACCUAGCCAAUAUAAAAAACCACGAUGUAAAUGACCUAAUCUCAUCCACGCUACGUGACAUGACCGAAAAUGAAUUUCUGGGCCAAAGAGACGUUCAAAACUUCCCGAUUCCAAGCAAACCACUCGCAGAGCAAACAAAACACAUCAACCUCAUCAACCAGCACGAUAUGGGACCUUAUAAAGUCCAAGAAAUCCUAGGUCAUUGUAAACCAGAAUGGUUUUUGAGAAAUAUACUGGGUGGUGCAAAUCUACUCGGUAAAUCAUGUCAGGCUGUUUGUAUCUUAACCAAUCAGGAUACAAAAUUACAAGAGAGCGCGUUUUUAUUGGGUAAAUACAUGGGACUAGCGUGGCAGAUCAAAAUUGAAGUGGAAAUGUUCACACGGAUGGAUUUCGGAAGUUAUUUUUUGGUAAGCGCACCAGUUAUGUGGUGUCUCAGCAGUCAUCCCGAAUUAUAUGAAGAAAUCGCUAAAGGAUUAAUGAAUAUCGAUAAUUGUGAUUUUGAUAAAAUUCAUGAAUUCAUCAGCCGGACAAAUGCCAUUGAAGAAUGUCGAUGUGUACAGGGUGAUUUGAUAAAAGAUUGUUUUACAUUCCUAGAUGCAUUUGAUGAGUCUCCAGCGAAACAAUCACUGUGGGAUUUAUUAGAGUCAUUAAAAUUUUAAGUUGUUAUGUAAUUUGUGAUUUGAUAAAUAAAUACAUCAUGCAACAGUGGUCAAAACAA